AAUGCCUUGCAUACGCACAGUGCUGUGCAGUGUGGCUAAAGACUCCACGCGACAGCCAUUCUUCGAUUAUCUGUGUGUGUCUCUCAUCUAAACGUUGUGUGCGUCUUCUUCCGCGUGGUGUAUCAGCCAUUAUAUUUCAAGUGUAACAGAUCUCAACGAUUGCUGGAGAUUGUUUCAAAGUGAAAGUUUUACUUUGGAUUUAACAGGUUGAUUGACCAUCGUUUGUUCACACACACAGAUUCGCUGGGGCGGGAUUUUAACUUCCAAACGAGUUAACUAAUUUUGAAAAUUUCGCUACGUCUGGCCGGCUCGUCUUUCGGGGUAGGUGCUGCUGCUCCUGUCGACAUGGACAAGCGCAAGCUAAUGCCCAAACGGCAGCGGCUGGAUGGUGCCGUCAGAACAGGACCACUAAACGGACCUCUUCAUAGUCGGCCGUUAGUGGCGCUACUAGAUGGCCGGGAUUGUUCAAUUGAAAUGCCCAUACUUAAAGAUGUAGCUACAGUGGCCUUUUGUGACGCCCAAAGUACUUCCGAAAUCCACGAAAAGGUUCUUAAUGAAGCUGUUGGUGCUCUUAUGUGGCAUACAAUCACACUGACCAAAGAAGAUCUGGAGAAAUUCAAAGCGCUACGAAUCAUUGUUCGUAUUGGUAGCGGUGUUGAUAAUAUCGACGUUAAAGCAGCCGGUGAAUUGGGGAUCGCUGUUUGUAAUGUGCCCGGUUAUGGUGUCGAAGAAGUGGCGGAUUCGACGUUAUGCUUAAUCCUAAAUCUCUACCGACGUACCUACUGGUUGGCUAAUAUGGUUCGCGAAGGCAAAAAAUUUACUGGCCCCGAACAGGUGCGUGAAGCUGCUCAAGGAUGCGCAAGAAUCCGAGGAGACACACUUGGCAUCGUCGGAUUAGGUCGCAUCGGAUCAGCUGUGGCCUUGCGGGCCAAAGCCUUUGGUUUCAAUGUCAUCUUUUACGACCCCUAUCUCCCAGACGGUAUCGAACGCUCUUUGGGCCUUACAAGGGUCUACACCCUACAAGAUUUGCUUUUCCAAUCGGAUUGCGUUUCCCUCCAUUGCACUUUGAACGAACACAACCACCAUUUGAUCAAUGAGUACACUAUUAAACAGAUGAGACCAGGAGCCUUUCUAGUUAACACGGCAAGGGGGGGUCUCGUCGACGAAUCAGCUUUAGCACAAGCUUUGAAAGACGGACGCAUUCGAGCGGCAGCUCUUGACGUCCAUGAUAACGAACCCUACAACGUGUUCCAAGAAGGUCCUUUGAAAGAAGUUCCCAAUUUGAUUUGCACUCCACAUGCCGCGUUCUACUCCGAUGUGGCCUCGACCGAACUCCGGGAAAUGGCAGCAGGAGAAAUCCGCCGGGCUAUCGUUGGUCGCAUCCCCGAUUCUCUGCGCAACUGUGUCAACAAGGAAUAUUUCCUUGGAUCUGGACCCGCAUCGUCUGCCUACGAAUCAACGGGUGCCCCUGGAAGUGGACCAGGAGGAAUGCCGUCCCUUCCGGCAGGCUUGAAUGGUGGUUACUAUGGCGCUCUUCCAGGCGUACCUGUUCAACCAGCCCAUAGCUCCGCUCCUGUUGGUUUGCUUGGCCCUGGUGGACCAAUGAGCAGCUUAGUUGGCGCUCCCGGUGGACCUGGUGGGUUGAAUGAUCGCGAUCGAGAGAGAGGACCUAGUGUUGCUCAUGACGCAUCCACCCACCGAAUGGAUUCUGCGUCAUCAGCCAACUCUGCCACAGCUCUACAGCAUCCGGAUCGUAUCAAAUCUCCGCCUUCGUGAAGGACCAUAGAUCCAUCCACUAUUACUCAAUGGACGCCAAGUACAAAAUUAAAAGAGACUCUGAGGAGAGCCUGUGAAUUACUAUAUUGUGGCCGUCAAAAACCUAAAAACAACAAAAAGUUUAAACAAAACAUGUGUCAGAGGGAAAUUUGUCAUCGUCUUUUUUUCGGGGGAAACACAUUCGGCCCCUUCUGUGCGCUCUAGACGAUGACGAGUGUCCUGUGACCUUUCGUCUUCGCCAUUGACAGAAUUUCUUCCAUUGGGAUACUUAGUGCAACUGUUUUUUUCUUCGCCGCACUUCCAUCAUGUAGCUUCACGAUAAGUGACGAUGGUCACUACAUCACGGCCAUCUUAAGUGUAUCAACCACUGUGUUAAUUUUUUUCUUCUUGAAAUCUUUUGCCGAUUGUCCUCCGACACACACAGACAACACCGUAUCUUAAACUGUGUACAAUCUAACACGUUUUUUCUCACCCCGUUCGCAUCGUGUGUUUUUUUGCCAUCCUUUCUCCUCCCCGCCCUCUCUCCCGUGUUAAUGUGACCACGCGGAUGUCCUAGGUUAUAAUAUGGGUACUGCGUCUCCGUCUGGCUAUAUACUCCUUAAUCAGGAUUCACACGGACUACAAAGAAACGAAAAAUACAUGAACCAUUUGUACAUG